GGGCGGAGUGCGGACGGCUCCGCCGGACACCCCAGUCUGUCCGGAGACGGUGAGCGGGACCGGUGCUCCGGAGACUCCGGCUCAGGAGAGGCGAUUCAGGAGGACCGCAGCGGAGCGGGCACGAGACUCCGGGCGAUUCUGGAGCGGUGUGAGACACGAGACAGCUGCGACCCGCUCGUGGUUCCAGCGCGUGAGACCGUGACCGAGUGGUAGCACGUGCAUAGCGAAAACACCAUACUCCGUGAGUGAGGUUCGUGAGUGAAACAAAACGGAGUGACCCUGCGCGGAGACAUGCGCCAACGUUAACUAUAGCGUGGAAAAGAAAAGUGAAUUGUGUUCUAGACAUUCAGAACCGCGACGAAUCGCGCUACGGUCAAAACAAAGCCAGGUUGUGGUGAAAAAACGGCGUCAAUUCCGAAAUACUUCGCUAGUCCACAGUGAACCAAAUAAGUAAAGCCGAUAGGCGAGGAGUGGCAAGUGUCUCCUGCAGAAGUGUGACAUACAGUGUGGUGAUUUGUGAUCCGUGGGGAGAGCAGGGCAGCCAGCGAUGCGAGUUCGAGCAGCGUUACUAGCCCUGGCCUGCGCGGCGUGGGGAGGCGCUGCCUCACAGCAGGAGCACGUGUCACAGAGCACACACAGCGACUCCAGGGAGAAGCGGCAGGCGCUGCUGAACCCCGGUGCAGGGUCCGGCUGUGCCGACUGGUCGCUUCUCAACUACCUGCUCUACUACUACCUGAUCCAGGCCCAGACGACGGACGCCGCCCAGAUUCAGCACCAGCAGACCGACCAGAUGGCCGCAGCUCUGCUGAAGCUACGCCGGGCGCGCGGCACCGACCCCCUGCCGACCCUGCUCAGCCAGCCGGCCGGCCAGGCGGCCAUCAUCACCCUGCUGCAGAAGGUCACCCAGGGCGACACCGGACAGCUGCUGCUGCUGCUGGCCGACAUCAGAGACCAGGGGCGAGCCGCCGCGCUCGGCGCAGCGCAGGGACUGCGGCAGGGGCAGGGAGGUGUCGGGCCGGGUCUGGGACUGGCUCCCGGCUCACUGGGACAGCAGAGACCGGUGUUCGGUUCUGGUCCCCAGCAGCCGGUGCCAGGUCAGUUCCCGACAGCGCAGCAGCUAGGAGCGCAGCUGGAUCCACUGGCUGGGGCAGGUCAGCCCGGUCUGACUGGACGGAAGGCCGGCGAUCUGCAGGGAAUCUUCGGCCUGAACGGCGUGGGAGCGGAAGCGUCGGGACCUAAGGCUCAGGCACAGAUUUCACAGGCUGAAAGCAAAGCUCAAGCGACGGUGCCCGUCACCAAACCGCCUCCAUCUUCCACACCAACACCACCGCCUCCGCCGCCACCUCCCACCCGCAAACCGACCACCACCCCAAGACCUCGACCCCCUCCGCCACCCCGCGCGCCUCAACCCCGACCUGCGGCCGUUCGGAGCAGUGUACUGGCUCCGAGCACCAGUCUACACGUCACCACAUCUACCCUCGUCACCACCAUCCUCCUCAAGAAGACCAAGACGGUGCCGGCCGUGCGCGGCGACACGCCCACCACUGUCAAGCACGUGCACACGGUGACACACGUGCUGACCGCCACGGGUCUGCAGACGGACACGAUCGUGAUCACGCCGACGUUGGUUAUCUCCGCCGGCACGACUCGUACUGUGUAUGGAGGAGGACCCACGCCGGGCGCCGGUACCGGACGGCGAAGGCGGCGACGGGCUGGUUCUGCGUCACCGCUCCAGCCCAGCGCCCUGGUAGAUGGGAGGGCGAACCAUGCUGAUCACAGUGACUACAGAACGCCGCUCCUGCCGGCACCGUCUCUGGCGCAGUUGUGAGAUAGUGGUAGACGUAGGGGAAGAAGGUGGUGAACCUUCUGUAGGAAUGGUGGCAGGUGUGAGCUGGACGAUAAACGACAGAAAAAGCCCACUCGCUCGUUUGGCCACAAUGAGAGGAAGUUUGUCUUCCUGAGUUGUCUUGUUUUCCCAGUGUGUUUGAGUCACGUCUCUGCAAUGAACUAUGCCAUGGUGCGCAGGCCAAAACGGCAUACUGGAAUGCGGACAUCGUGAGCCCGAACCGCAAGUUGGAACGCCGGAUCGCCAGCUGGCAUCGUCUCACGCACAGCUCGCAAUGCAAGCCGUGUGCACGAUCAGACCUGUGCACUGCACCGUGCACAGAGCGCCGAUAGAAAACAGCGGUCGGCUCGCCCAGGCAUGCACCGUUACAAAUGUGAUUAAUGAGGAGUUAAAUGCGGCGAACGGAUCUGAGGAGAUUGGAGAGCAGCUCGCUUGCGAGUCAACACAUCUCACUGAGUCUUGUGACAACAAUGAUACUGUGGGAGCGUUAUCAGCGUCAUAAACGCCCCACCUGACCAGCUAGUGCGUCAAAAGCACCAGACUGUCUGCAAACCUGGCGACACGACGCGCCAAUGUCCGCUGUUCGACAGCUGUCUGAUGGUCUUCAGCCGAUUGAUCCAGUCCGACAGCAGACUGUCCCACUGCCGGAAUUAGCAACACCCGGCCUCGUUUCAUCAACCCAUUGUCACCGGCACGUAUAAAAGAAUGGAAUAAAACUCGUCAUACAGGACGCAGAGCGCCACUCACAAAGUUCCGGCACUCCUCGGAGUGAGAGUGAGAGUGAGUUCUCCUUGAACGGAUUGCGCGGGAGGGAGAGAGGACUGAAAUACCUCCGAAAGUGAGAGUGAACGGAGGAGGAGCGGCCAACCGAGAGGCUCCGUUACGAGCGCUCUGUGUGACCAAACUGGACUGUAAUUGGAGCGGCCACGCCCGCCGCCGGCCGCUAGGCCACGUGCCAGGACAUUCCAGCGGCUCAGCGGGACGGGGGCGGGGCGGGGGCGGGGGCGGGGGCGGGGCGGGGGCGGCAGACUGUGACGGGUUCCGUGCCGUCUCUGAAGGAUUGUGGGCUGCCAGGGUCGCCGGGACUGCCGGUAAGCCGUAAACACAGCAGUUCUCGAUGUUUGUCAGCCUUCCCGGGCCGUAUAGGAGUGAGACGAACCGGAGAUAGUGACGGAACGACACCUGGCUGAUGUAACGCCGGCGAGACGAUCGUAAAGCGACCACUGCCGUGACGGCAGCCGUCACCAGGUCUGACUGUGACUCCCACCGUGACGGCGUGUGACGAUGUGACGGGGUGUGACGGAGUGCGAUAGAGCUGUUUGUACGGAAAGUGAGCGUGAGUGAGAUAUGUUGAUGUCGUUUCGGUAUGUACCCCAGUGUUCACCGUUCCCGUUCUUAUCUUCCCCGACGACCUUCAGUCCCAGCUGUGACUUGCGACUGACUAGGACAGACACGCGUGUUGUGUCUGUGUCAGACAUGCUGCUUCAAAGUGUCGCGUUACGGUCAUGGUCACAGCAGAUACCCGGGGCGUGGCUGAAUAUCCCAACCUUGGUCGUUCAACCACGCCCCAGCCUUCUCUUUCCUCCGCUAACCACAACGCGCGAACUGCAUGUCCUUCGUUUGCGGCUGAAACGGCUCACAGAGCAGUGCCACGCCCCGACAGGGAGCAGAGCGAAAAGGUCAAGCCCGCAGAACAAGCAAAGCGGCAAAAGUGUUGCGGUAACAAGGGCGCACGCGGGGUCUUUGUUAUUGGAUUAAUACGGCAGCAACCAGCGAGGAAUGUGCAGGAGAGAGGAAAUGUCAAAUCACGAUUGUUCAUUUGAUAUUGUUUGCUCGGGUGCACGGCGUGGGAGCGAGGGCUAGAUUAUGAUAUAGCUCGGUAAUAAUUGCGCUGUUUUUAGUGCCAAUAUUCCAAUUCAUCUGCGCCUUGUCUCAACCUGUGAUAAAAAACCGUCCAUCACCUUCCCACAGCAGAGUGCGUUGCACGAGAACAAGAACACAUUUUAUUCCGAGCUCGCGCCGCAAUGUGAGGUGCGAUGCCAUUCUGGUUCACCUAUUCAUCUUUUAACCCGUGCCUACAGUCAUAUCCAACGGUGGCAGCUCCAUGCAAAUCCUCAACCCGCCCGUCUUCUCGCAGUUCGCACGCCACUGUAUCAAUGCCGUGUGCCGCGCCUUCGUCAGGUCACACUCCUGCCGUGAAGUAUGAGAAGCGUCCCUAGCCUAGCCACUACCCCACGUCCAGGAUUUCUCACUAGGGACCGUUUGGUGUGAACCGCCAAGUACUUCUGUCGUCGAUGUGAAUACAUAUUGGC